UCUUAAUGACAUACAGAACAGUCAUCUUAGAAGAACGAAAAUGGGCAAUCGUCAUAGCCAGUCUUACUCCCUCUCAGAAGGCAGUCGCCAGUUGCCCAAAAGGGACACCCUACCCUCGGCAGUCGUGCAGCCUCUCAGCCACCCUUCAGGGAAUGGAGAGCCAGAGGCCUCACAGCCCGCCAAAGCAAGAAGUCACCAGGGUUUUGAUGUGAAUCGAGAUGCCAAAAAGCUGAACAAAGCCUGCAAAGGAAUGGGAACUGAUGAAGCAACUAUCAUUGAAAUCUUAUCCAGCAGGACAUCCGAUGAAAGGCAACAAAUAAAGCAAAAGUACAAGGCAACGUAUGGCAAGGACCUGGAGGAAGUGCUCAAGAGUGAGCUGAGUGGAAACUUCGAGAAGACAGCCUUGGCCCUUCUGGACCGCCCCAGCGAGUACGCUGCCCGGCAGCUGCAGAAAGCUAUGAAGGGUCUGGGCACGGAUGAGUCCAUGCUCAUCGAGGUCCUGUGCACAAGAACCAAUAAGGAAAUCAUCGCCAUCAAAGAGGCCUACCAAAGACUAUUUGACAGGAGCCUUGAAUCAGAUGUUAAAGAUGAUACAAGUGGAAACCUUAGAAAAAUUCUGGUGUCCCUGCUACAGGCUAAUCGUGAUGAAGGAGAUGACGUGGACAAAGAUCUAGCUGGUCGGGAUGCCAAAGAGCUGUAUGAUGCAGGGGAAGGCCGCUGGGGCACUGAUGAGCUUGCCUUCAAUGAAGUCCUGGCCAAGAGGAGCCACAAGCAGUUGCGAGCCACCUUUCAAGCCUAUCAGAGUCUCAUCGGCAAAGACAUGGAAGAAGCCAUUGAAGAAGAAACAUCAGGAGAUUUGCAGAAGGCCUAUUUAACUCUCGUGAGAUGUGCCCAGGACCGCGAGGGCUAUUUUGCUGAGCGUCUGUACAAAUCCAUGAAGGGUGCGGGGACGGAUGAGGAGACCUUGAUUCGCAUCAUUGUGACCAGGGCUGAGGUGGACCUUCCGGGGAUCAAAGCAAAGUUCCAAGAGAAGUAUCAGAAGUCUCUCUCUGACAUGGUUCGCUCAGACACCUCUGGGGACUUCCAGAAACUGCUCGUGGCCCUCUUGCACUGAGCCAAGCCAGAGCAAUAGGAACACAGGGAGGAACCCCCUUUGUGAAGAGCACAUUCCAAAUCAAGCUUGCAAAUGAGACUCCAGCAUGAAAAACCCUCAAAUGUCCUGGUUUAUUUUCUUGGCAGCUUAAGCACUGAUGCAAGGCCAAGCUGUUUAAGUUAAGGGCGGCCAUGUCAACAUGCUUGGGCAGGUCAUCUUGAACGCUGGCUUAGCUUAGCAAGUAUCUGGGCUGCCUCUUAACUUUCCUUUAGCAUAGUAACUGAAUGCUUUCUAAGCACAAAUGAAAUCAGCAGUUGAUGAAAAAACUAUGCAUUUGUAAUAGCAUAUUUAGAAGAGUAUGCAUCACAUAGAGGUGUGUAUGUUCUGGGUAAAGAUUGGACGGUUAAGGUACAGGAAAGACAAAAUUAAACAAUUUGUUAAUUUUCCUUCUGUAUGUUUAA